AUGGAGGAAGAUUUAGCAAGACAAUGGGAGGGGCUUUGCCUUACUGAGAAGGAGAAAGAAGGGCUGGUUCUACCAGCAGAAGUAAUGCACAGUGCACUGCAUUAUGGCAAGUACUGCCUAUUAGCAAUGAUAGUGGCGGAGAAGUUUAUAAACAAAGAAUCGUUCAAAGUCACUAUGACUAAGAUCUGGAAAUGUGAUAGCUGGGUCCAGUUUACAGAAGUUGGAUCCAACAAAUUCCUGAUUGAGUUUAACUUGGAGGAAGACAUGAAAAAGGUAACUGCAGGAAGACCCUGGUCCUUUGAUAGAUGGCUGAUAUGCCUGCAGCCCCUUGACAGCAGCAAGUCAAUUGGAGAAACCACCUUCACUAAAGAGGAGUUCUGGGUCCAAGUUUUCAACAUGCCUUUUGGGUGUAUGACACGAGAGAUUGGAAUGCAGGUGGGCAACAAUGUAGGAAAGGUGCUAAAAGUUCAUGUUGACCAACGAGGCAUUGGAUGUGGGAAGUUCUUAAGGAUAAGAGUUGAAAUGGACAUAACAAAGCCUCUCCUCAGGGGGAUGUUCAUAUCAGUGGAAGGGAAGCAAACUUGGAUCCAGCUGAGGUAUGAGAGACUACCAUCCUUUUGUUUUAACUGUGGCACAAUCAAGCACACAACACAGGGGUGCACUUUAAGUAGAAAUGAAGAAAAGCAGCAGUAUGGAGCAUGGUUAAGGGCAGCUGCUCCUAGAGAAAGUGACUUGCUGUUCAAAAAGUAUGGCAAUGACAUGAACCCAGAAGCUGAACCAGAGAGGCAGUCAUGGAGGAAAGAAGAGGAGGUUAGGGAUGAAGUCCAAUUGAGGCAGCGCAAUAGUCAAAAGGUAGAUCAGAAAUUGACCAGGGAAGUCACAGACCCACGUUUGGCUACUGCUACACCUACAACCAAAGGACCAGAGCAGAGUAGACAGCAGAAUGACAGGCUUCUGACCUCUCCAAAAAAUAUCAUCAAAAAGGAAAGUCUGACACCACCUUUCCAAGAAAGGCUGUCUACUACCAAAAUAGUGAAGGAACAGAACCAAAUGUUACUGGCACAGACAGUUGAAAUGAAAAGCAAAAAGGAUGGCUCAGCACCCUUUGUUGCUGUAACCUCGAUGGACCUUAAGGCCCAAGCAGAAGCACUGAACCAGCUUAUGACUGAACAAAUUAAGGAGUUGGAACAAACUACAAAAAAAUCCAGCUGGAAAAGAAGAGCUCGGGAUAAUAGUUUUGUAGGCCUCAAGUUAAGCCCAACAAAGAUACAUGCAGGCAUCCCAAACCACAAGAAAAGGCCCACCAAAUUGCUUCAAGGAAGACAAACUAGAUCCAUAGCCAAGAGAGCAAGAGGAGAGGAGAAGGUACAAACAGAAACACAACAGUUGGAUAUGGUGGAGGCUGAUUUACAGCCCCACCAAGAGUUAUGA